UGCGUCCUCUCAAACCCGUCUCCCCGCAGCUUCUCCCUUCGAAUUUCCAGUUCCGGCCUCCCAAGGGCGGAGACAAGCUAGGAAUUAUGCGGCUAUCGGUCGCAGCCGCCAUCUCCCAUGGCCGCGUAUUCCGCCGACUGGGCCUUGGUCCCGAGUCCCGCAUCCACCUGUUGCGGAACUUGCUUACGGGACUUGUGCGACACGAACGCAUCGAGGCGCCAUGGGCGCGCGUGGACGAGAUGAGGGGCUACGCCGAGAAGCUCAUCGACUAUGGGAAGCUGGGAGAUACCAACGAACAAGCCAUGCGCAUGGCUGACUUCUGGCUCACGGAGAAAGACUUGAUCCCCAAGCUGUUUCAAGUACUGGCCCCUCGGUACCAAGGUCAGAAUGGGGGCUACACGAGAAUGCUGCAGAUCCCAAAUCGGAGUAAGCAGGAUCGGGCCAAGAUGGCAGUGAUCGAGUAUAAAGGGAACUGCCUCCCACCCCUGCCCCUGCCUCGCAGAGACAGCAACCUUACACUUCUAAACCAGCUGCUUCAGGGCUUGCGGCAGGACCAGAAAGCAAGCAUCCACAGCUCCCACACAGCUCAAACACCAGGGAUUUAACUGGAGCCAAAGGGUGUAUAGCACCCUCAUCAGUGCCCAUGCUCACAGUAAUCUCUAAGAAAAACUGGAGCUAGAGUCAUUAACGGACAGUCUUAAUGGAAAAGUUUCUGGGGAACCAGAUAAAUCAUCUCUUUGCACAGUAGAUAAAAUUCAUUAUAUGAAUGUAUGUAUGUAUGUAUGUAUUUUUUUUCCUCUCCUUGGGAUUUCUGGAGAAUGAGAACUAUCCAAAUGCUCAGUCUCCUUGGGUUAGUGAAUUCACUGCUUAUGUUUCUGGCUCUUCACUUGGGUUGUUUGGUUAGCACAGUUUUGUUUUUCUUAAUGCCAGUUUAUAUGGGGCACGUAUCCUAUAAUUCCAAACUGGCCUCCAAAGGUGAUUGAGUUUUGACAUCUCGCAUAGAGAUUGAGCCCCUAGGAUUUCUUAGAGAAAGAUUACUCCCUGACAGGGACCUAGAAUUGAACACCUAGAAUUGAACCUUCCAUAAUAAUCUGAUACUUUGGGAAACUUCAAGAAACACUACAACUAUUCCUGUUUCUAGGCAGGAUCACAUAUUACCCCCAUGUGUUCCCCUCAGCCCCGAAUAGACCUUAGAGGACAGGACCUGAGAACUCAGAUGUACUACCGUCCUGGUCAGCGUCUUUGGAAGCAUUCAGUAAAGGAUAAGCCCCUUCCUCUUGGAGUUGGGGGUGGGGGAAUAAAGGAGAUAGUUGAAGUAGGAGAAGGAUUAGGAAGUUAAAUGUGAUGGGAAUUUCCUGGAAGCUUUUAUUGUUGUCAAAUCUGGGCUUCUCUGGGAAUUCAGAAAAGGGAAAUCCGGCUUCCGAAUGGCCACGGCAUAGGAGAAGUGGGAGGCUCCUUUAUAUCCACUAAUUAGUGUGAACCCAGACUUAGCCCAGCCAGGCUCCCCAUUCCUCAGGCUCAAAGGUUUGACCAGGGUAGUAGUCAUGGGAAGACUUGUAACUAUCAUUCCUGCCUGAACACUUGAGACAGCAAGGCCUGACAAUUCCUGUAUCUCUAGCACAGUGAAAAGAAGAAAUUUCAUCUUAGGCUGGACCUUCAGAGUGUAAUGGGCUUGCUGAACCUAACCAUUGUCAGAAAAUAAGGUGAGGGUCGAGGGGGUCACUGAUCUAGUGACAGAGCUCUAUGCUAUGUCACUGCAGCUGCUCUAGGCUUAAAAUUCAUCUGCUCCCAACAGGGUUCUUCCAUCUCUUUCCCUCUAAUUUGUCCUUCACACUAUUGCCAGAAAGCUCUUUCUGACAUGUUUUUAGUAGCAUAUCAUAGAUACACAAAGCAUUUUUUCAAUAAACCUACAAUUCUGAAUGCUUCCCCCAAAUUCACCCCCUUCCUAUCCUCUUGGCAUGAACAUUCACCUCACCUAGAUAUCUUGGAGUAAUCCCCAACUCCUAGAGAAAGUACUUUCUUUAGAAUUAAAACCGCAUCUGUUAAGUAUUAUCACAGGUGGGUUAUGGCUGGACUCUACUAGCUUUUCCUCUCAGUCCCCAGAAACCGACCUCCCCUUGGGGCUUUCAACAGUUCCUGAGCAUCUAAGCAUCUGCUACUAUCCAGCAUCAUUUUAGUCCCUAGGGAUACAAUCUUGACCAACUGUUUGGUAUAUGUCAGGCCCUAGGCUAGGUACUAAGGAUAUAGAGGUGAGAAGAAACAACCUUUGCCGUCAAGGAACUCACAAUCUGAAGUGCCACUUCUGCUGCCACGAUGGCCUCAGGGACAGUGCAUCUUUAAUAUUUUGGCCCAUAAAAGAAUACAUGAGUCCCAGAACACUUACUGAAGGCUCAGGGAUAACACAAGGGAAAUAAACAACAACACAUCCGUUUUCUAA